CUGGAGUACUUAGCAAGAGACAGGAGCCUCCAGUCAGGAUCCUAGUGUCCUGCUGGUAUAUAUUUAUACUUUUGAUCUGCAACAGCUACACCUCCAAGAUAAUGGCUUGUCUUACUUUGCCUAGCUAUACACCAAAGAUAAACACCGUUCAACAACUUGUUGAACAAAAUUUUGUUUGGGGUAAACCUUACGAAGAAGACAACCUAUCCAAGCAUUUAGACACAGAUAAAUACUGGCAAAGAGAGUUUGCAAAAAAUUUCAUAGUUUACAACAAAUCAAAUUUGAAAAAAAUGCUCUUGUCAAAGAGGUUUGCAUUAGUUGUCCAACAAAUAGAAAACUGUGACUAUCUUUUCAUGGAUGAUCCUAUUGACGAAGAUAUAGCAGACAACUUUAGGGUCAUGAAAGAACAGAACAAAAAGUAUCGAUGUGCCAUAGCUUUCCGCAAGCGCUCUCCGUUGUUGCCAGCCUUCGAUGGAGUGUUGAAGCGUUUCAUUGAAACAGGUUUGGUGAAGCAUUUGAAAGAAGAUGCUGAAAGAAGAUUUCAGAAGCCUGCCUAUAAGCGUAUAUUGUCUGAUCUUGACAAUGGUAUUCGAUCAAAGGAGAUUGCUGCAUUUACUCUCAAUAACUACAAUUUCAUGAUUUAUUUCUAUGCUUUUGGGAUGCUUAUAUCCACCAUUUGUUUUAUCUUAGAACUGUGUAGUAAUCGUCUGUUAGUGUUAUAAGGUCUGUUGAGGUUUUUUGGUUCAUACUGUGCACAAAAUUUAAUUUAUAUGAACUUGUAGCUUACAAAAUGUAAGUCCUUUCAAUUCAUAUCAAUAUGGUAAAUAUGCACUGACAAGUCUUACAUUGUCUACU